AUGUCUGACGCUGGAGAUGAAAUCAAGGUCGAACCUGAGGUCGAGGCUGAGGCUGAGGUCUCUGAGGCUCCCAAGGGAAAACUCUCUGUUGAGGAUGCGCUUCAGCAAGUUCUGAAGACGUCUCUCGUCCACGACGGCCUUGCCCGUGGCCUGCGCGAGUGCGCGAAGGCCCUGGAUAGACGCCAGGCCCAUCUUUGCGUGCUUGUUGAGACAUGCACUGAGGCCGAGUAUAUCAAACUCAUCGAGGCCCUCUGCGCGACGCACAAGAUCCCGUUGAUCAAGGUCGGAGAUGCCAAGGUUCUCGGAACCUGGGCAGGUCUCUGCAAAAUCGACCGAGAAGGUAACCCUCGCAAGGUUGUCGGCUGCUCGUGUGUUGUUGUCAAAGAGUACGGCGCCGAGACGGAGGGUCGUCACGUCCUCGAGGACUACUUCAAGAGCCGCUAA